AUGACAAAGUCCACCUCAGACAGCUCCAAGUCGAGCAAGCGCAAGGGCACUCGAAGCGUAUCCACUUUGACUCCCGCCCAGCUAGCUCGCAAGAGAGCAAACGACCGUGAGGCCCAACGCGCCAUCCGGGCACGCACCAAGGAACAUAUCGAGAACUUGGAGCGCGAGCUCGAGGAGCUGCGCAGUGUAUCGAGUCGAGAUGAUACCGUCCAGGACCUUCUCAGGAGAAACAGAGCGCUCGAAGACGAACUCCACCGGUUGAGGGAAAGCAUGGGUAUCGCCUCCAACGGUCCGCGCAACUACUACCAGCCUUCAUACCACCACAGCCCAACGUCGCGAACAUCAGCUCCUGGGGCUGUUGCAGAGUACCCCGGUAUGGAGAUGGGAGCUUAUGAGACCCUGUCCAGCCCCGGGGAUGCGUGGCCAUCCACCGUAGCCUCCACAAUCCCCUCAACAGUCUCGAGCCCCUCGUCGUCUGGAGCUACUGAUGACCUCGGUGGUGCCUACUACCCCACAAGCGCACCAUCAAUCAUGGACAGGCCAGGUAUGUCCUCGAGCAUGGGCUCACCCACUGUCUCGAGCAUCAGCGGCAAGUCAGGCUACGACGACAUCAAGCCAGAGGCCAGACAUCGGAUGCCCACCGCUCAGCAUGCUGUCCAUCCCACAAGCAUACCAGCAGCCACCUCCAUGGAACAUGUACCCAAUGUACUACACAGCGUCGCCAACUCUGUGAGGAGUCAGACAAGCACACCUCAUUGGGAAACUCCGGGCUUGAUCACACCACCGCUUACUCAGAGCGAUGCUCUCUUGAAUGGUUACAUUCAGGAUUGUCGUCGCUUGGUUGGCAUGGAGGGUGUGAAGCCACACCCGGAAGUCAUAUUCGGACCCGGUUGUCCGAACAUCAGGCGUCUUAUAGAGACGCAUUGGAAUCUCGCUUCCAUUGUACAGCAAUCACCUUUACCCCUGUCACCGCCAGCACAUCCCUUGGUUGAGCUUGCGACGACCUUGUUCGACAAUGACGGACUCGUCAUGACACUCGAACGUGUCGGAAGCUUUCUACUUUUCCAGCGUAUCCUGGCUUGGCUGGUUCAGCCAUCACAGGAAACUGCAGCUGGGCUUGGCAACAACUUUGCACCCACUUCUGCCCAGCGAACUAUUUCACACGGCCAAUGGGUCGACUUUCUCAUGUGGGCACAACUGCGAGAUGCUGUCAUUCAAAGGCAGGAAGUUUACGCAAACGAUGAAUUCCGUCACCUGUAUAACACAAGUCUCCGCCUACUCAACUGGGCUGGCGGGCCAUCGCAGGCCUUGUUGCCCGACUAUGCUUCUGGCGCAAUUUAUCUCACUCAACAAUUCAUCAGCCAUGUACUUAACAUCGAGAACUGGGCAUUGGAAGAGCGGUUUUUCCGGCGUUAUCCUGAACUUGGGGUUUUGUUGCCUUUGGUUAGGCAAACUACAUGA